UUGCGCCGCCGCCCGCCACGCCGGCCAGGCAGCCGAUCGGGCACCGGACCCCCCCUCCUUCCCAACUCCGACGUUGGCAAGAGAGGCGGGCGUUCCACCGCCGGUCGAGCCAUCUGCCAACCAAACCUGCUGUUGCUGAUAACCAGCCAACACCCAUGGCGGCGCGCCCACUCCUCCUGGUGCCGAUGGCACCGCUCCUCAUCGUCCUCCUCCUCUCCCGCGUCCCGCCGGCCGCCCCGGCCAGCUUCCUCGAGCCCCUCGAAGACCUCUUCCCCAAGUCGGGCACCGCCAACGCCACCGCCUCCUCCCCCGCCAACUCCAACUCCUCCUCCACCCCCGCCCCGGCCUCCGGCGGCUCUGCCACGCCGCCAGCGCCAUCCGCCGCCCCGCCCCCGCCGCCGCCGCUGGACCCGGCGAAGAAGAAGGACAAGGAGGAGAAGGAGAAGCAGCGGCAGCAGCAGGAGAAGGCGCUGGACGACGCGGCCAGGGAGUGGGGGCGGGCCCACGGCGUGGUGUCCCCGACCAACUUCACGGGGUCGUACAAGGGCAUGGCCCGGGACUUCGUCGACGCCCACAACGUGGUGCGCGCGCGCUACGGCCUGCCGCCGAUGACGUGGGACAAGAAGGUGGCGCGCCACGCGCGGCGCUGGGCCACCGCCAUCCGCCGCAACUGCAAGCUCCAGCACUCGGGCAACCAGUACGGCGAGAGCAUCUUCCUGAGCCACAACAACUGGAACGCCACCGCCAAGGAUGCCGUCGCCUUCUGGUGCACGGAGGAGGCCAUCUACGACAAGCAGACCGGCAACUGCACCGGCGGCAAGCCAUUCUCCGAGUGCGGCCACUUCGCGCUCAUGGUCUCCAAGGGGCACAACAGGGUCGGCUGCGCCCGCGUCGAGUGCGUCCACGGCGGCGUCUUCGUGUCCUGCAACUACGCCGCCUAAUUAAAAGCCUCGAGGAAGGAAAAGGCCGCCCUCCCUUGAGUAGCUGGCCGUGUACGUAGCUAAGCGCGCGCUAAGGAAAGCUGCAACUUUGCAAGCUAACCGGAGCUGCAAGCGCAACCGCUUUGCCUCCGACGACGCUAAGGACGAUGAGGAUCCUCGUUCCUCCGUUUCCGAUAGUUUUUCUUUCCCUUCCAAUUUUGGGCCCAGUCAUUCAAGCAGAUUGAUUGGUUGUAUCCACGCCGUGUACAGUCACGUACCUGAGUUCAGUUCCGUUGAGUC